GAUAACAAGGAAUCUACUGCGUUUGCUGAUGAAAACUCUUUAUGAAGUGAAAUUAAUCAAGAAGAGAAAGCGAAGAGUUCUGAUGGCCGUAUUAAUUCAAGCACAAAGUCUGAAAUAACUAUUAAUGCCACUGCGCUUCCUAGAGUCGUCACAAAACAUGCUGGUCAACUCUUAGAGAACAUGGUCCUUAAAGGUGUGGAUGCAGGAUGUGCAAACACCACGACAGGAUCCACGAUGUCCGUAGAUGUGUGGGAUUUUGCGGGUCAACAUCUCUACUAUGCUGCUCUCCCGGUAUUUCUGUCGUCAAGAGCAGUGUACAUUCUGGUGCACAACCUCAGUAAGCCCCUGUAUGCACAAGCUCAGCCCUGUGUCAAACAAGGAAAUCAUGAGGUAACCUUGGAGAACCCGAACAAUGAGACAAAUCUGGAGAACUUGCUCUCUUGGCUCGCGACAAUUUAUAACAUGAGACCGACUGGAGAAGAAAAACUGGAAACCUCUAACUUGCCCUAUCUCCGUCCUCCAGUGUUCAUCGUCGGAACCCAUGCUGACAUGCCAUAUGAGGAUACUAAGGAUGUAACAUCCAAGAUACAACGUGAGAUAUCCAGUAAAGAGUGUGGAAAACAAGUGAUCCGGCCAUUCUUCUUCAUUGAUAACACUCAAGGACACCAUUCAAUUGGAAAGAAAAUCCGGAAUUUCCUAACAGUUCAGAAAAAUCCACAAGCAGGUCAAGAAGGAGACAAUGAUGGCGCUAGUGGCGAUGAAACUCAUGCUCUUCGAGCGAAAAUCCUGCAAGUUCUUCAACAGGAGCCUUAUAUGGGAGAGAAGAUACCAGUGAGAUGGUUUAACUUUGAAAAGGUCAUUGAAGCUUUGGUAGCUAAGAAUGUAUACCACACGAAUGCUGACCUUCUUCAAACCUAUGCCAAGGAUGUGUGUUUCAUAGAAGACGAUGAACAGUUUCACACUAUGUUGAAUUUCUAUCAAGACCUUGGUAUGAUCGUGAGACACCGCAAUACAGUCAUUUUGAAGGCGCAGUGGUUAAUUAGCCUAUUCAAGAAACUUAUAACCAUUCCACCAUUCAAAGAAGCGGAUCCUGUGCAUUCCAAGUACUGGCUUGAACUAGAGAAGAGUGGUGUCCUAAAGAUGGAGCUUGUUGAUCACGUUUUCUCCAGUCUUAUUCAACAAGGCGUUGAAAAAGAAGACAUCUUGGACAUGAUGGAGCAGUUUGGUUUAAUUGCCAAAUACUCACCAUCCACGGAUGACGCCAAGUACUUUGUCCCAUGUCAACUGAGGUCCUCACCCAAAGAGCUUUAUAACAUAAAGCCAUCUUCUACGGAUCCCUGUCCUUUGUAUCUUCGUUUCCAGGAAGGUUUUGUCCCGCAUGGUCUCUUUACCCGCCUCGUCUCAAAAUCAGUGUCCUGGUGUUCUGCCAAUGGAUCGUCACAAGAACCAAAACUCUACCAGAAUGGUGCAUGGUUCGUUCUUGAGGGAAGUGUUGUACAUGAUAUGAUUCUGAUUUGCAAAAAGAGUUUCAUAAAAAUCCUCUUGAGACAAAGAAUGAAAGAUCAAGCAGUUCCACUGUCUCAUUCAGCUUCAGCAGAAGUUGCUGGAAGUGUGCGAUUGUUUAUAGAGAAUGUUUUAGAAAAGAUGUCAGAGGAGUUCUCAUACCUGAAGAGGCUACAGCAUGAAUUUUGUGUUGAGUGCCCCUACUGUCAGCAGGGAGGUCCCCAUUGCGCAGACCACAACCAAGUUAUCAGCACAGAAGAUGACUGCUUACACCUGCUUCAAUUAAUUCAAGGACAGAAUUUGAUAUGCAUGGAAAGGAUGUCCGAGAAAGUGCUUACAGUUCCUGGGCAAGAGAAAUGGUUCUUAAACCAGGUUUUGUCUCCGUCAGUGAUGAAUGCCUUACAAGGUGCACCAGAAGGAGAUCACUCCAUAAAGUGUGACAAAGCAUUGAGAGUAACUCUACUAGCUGGUCAGUGGAAUUCAUCAAUGGGGGGUUUGUCUACCAUCAAUAGACAGUUUGCCAUACUUUUGGCCAAACGCACUGAACUGGAAGUCACUCUCUUGGUCCCACAAUUUAAUUGCUCUGAAGAAGAGAGGAGAGCUGCCCAAAGUCAUAAGAUUGUCGUCAAAGAAGCAGAGAGACGUCCAGGCUUCGACUCCCUUGACUGGUUGAGCUUCCCGCCGAAAGACCUUAUCAUUGACGUGGUCGUGGGUCAUGGAGCCAGGUUAGGAAAGCAAGCCCAAAUCAUUAGGGAGUCCCACUGUUGCCAAUGGGUACAAGUAGUGCACACUGCACCUGAAGAGCUUGGAAUGUUCAAAAACUAUCCGAGAGCCAUAGCCAGAGGAGAAGAGAAGACUACGACCGAAGUAGACUUGUGCAAAUUGGCAAAUCUAGUCGUAGCAAUAGGACCCAAGUUGACGGAGGCCUACUCAGCCUAUCUUCGCUUCAGCGAGAAGCAGCAAGAUAUCAUUUCGUUCACUCCUGGCACAUUCAAGGAGUUUUCCACCCUAAAACAAGCUUCAGUUGACUCUGAAAAGUUUAGAGUGUUGACCUUCGGUCGUGGUAAUCCAGAGGACUUCAGUCUGAAAGGGUAUGAUAUCGCCGCCAAAGCAGUAGUUGAACUGAAAGACAACUCCUACCAUUUGAUUUUUGUGGGUGCACCUGACGGAAUUCAAGAGGCAGUUACGGAAAAUUUGCUACAGAGUGGUAUUUCUAAACGUCAGCUGACAGUGAGAAAUUUUUUGAAGAGCAAAGAGAAAUUGAAAGAGUGUUUUUGCGAGGCUGAUCUCUGUAUUAUGCCAUCCCGGACGGAGGGGUUCGGUUUAACCGGGUUGGAAGCCUUGUCCGCUGGUCUUCCCAUUCUUAUUAGUGGAAACUCGGGUUUCGGAGACACGCUGCGUACUGUGCCCUCCGGGAAAUCUUUUGUGGUUGAUUCUGACGACCCAAAAGUGUGGGCUGAGGCAAUUCUUAAUGUCCGUAAGAAGGAGAGAUCACAGCGGCUUCGAGAGAUUGAACGGCUGAGGACAUCUUAUGAGGAGCAGUUUAGCUGGGAGAAACAGUGUAACCCUCUUGUUGAGAAGAUGUGGGGCAAAGUUCAUCGUAAGGGGUUCUCUGAAAAAACAAUUCAGAAUCUUCAGCAGAUGCAACUCAGUGAAAGAGGGGUCAACAGCAGCACUAACUCAACAGAUGAGUUGAAGAAGAUUGUAUCAGAGAAGUCCUUCAGAAUUUCUGACAACGAAGGUUCAGGAAACUGCAUGUUCCAUGCUUUGUCAGAACAACUAGAAACCGUCAAAGGAAUCAAAAUCCAACAUGGCCAAUUGAGACAAUCUUUAGUUAAGUACCUCAGGGAAAACCCAAAGGUGCCGGAUGGAUCAGAUCUGUUUCACUUUGUCCAUGGACAUGAAACAUGGGCUGAUUACCUAACAUAUAUGGAACAAGAUCGCACCUGGGGAGACCACCUCAUUCUCUGUGCAGCAGGAAAUUGCUUUAAAACUUGUAUUCAUGUGCUCAGCAGUCUACACAAUGAUGUAAUCAUCUGGCCACAUGGUCCUGUUGACGAAAGCAAGCCACUAGUACUGGGACAUAUUCAUGGGGUACACUAUGUCAGUCUUCAGCCCACUCAAGACUAAAGGAACGAUUUUUAGAAGCUAUGGCUGUAAACCGGCGAGACCUCCACGAAGAAUCAGAUGGCCACUAGUAAAAAAACAGCUGUGAAAUUCUAGGAUGUCUGUCAUGUAAAUAUGUUUUUGGCUGAAAACGUAAGCUUUAGAUGAUACACCUUUCCAGAGGUCGUAGGUUGUGCAUGUGUAUGAGCUUUGUUACGCUGAAUAGCUAACGAGUUUUCGUGGUUUGACUAUAAUUUUUGAUGUAAAGCAUUGAUUUUUAUGUCUGGCUGAAAACGCAAGCUUACAUGAGAUGAAACAUAGCUUUUCAGAGGUCGUAGUUUGUUCAUUAGUAUGGGCUUUGUCACUAUGAAUGGCUAUCGAGCUUUCGUAGUUUGAUUAGAAUGUUGAUGUGAAGCGUUGAAUUUUAUUAUAAUUGGAAUUUCUAUCAAUAUUUUGUCCGAAAAGGAAACAACAUCGCAUAAAUGUCCUCCCACCCCCUUUCCCCCUUCCCCCUCCAUUAUUUGAAAUAAUUGCUAACUAUUGGCAAUACUUUCCACUAGAUACGUUUUGAUACUGAAUAACCCUAAUUUUACCCUUCCCUUCUUGAAAAUACUCUGCCAGCAGCUGCUGUUACAGUGGAGAGUUUCAGUCCUCUAAUCGUGUUCUAUAUGUGCAUUGAAAGGUUUUAGCCUGAUUACAAGGGAUGUACCUAUUGCAGCCACAUCGAUUGAGAGUUAAGAUAAUGAACAAUUAUACGUCAAAAAUUUUGACGAAUGAUCCAUUACUCGGGAGAAGCAAAUUUAGUUUAGCAUUCGAGUUGAAAUGGAACGAAAUAAGCAGAGCGUCUUUAUUCUUAAUGGGAGUAGAUAACCGAUAGCUUGAUUUUUGAAAAUCCUUAAAGAUAUUUCUUAACGUGAAGUUGGUGUUCAAAUUUUAAAAUACAAGUGUUUGACCUUUGCAUUAGUUCCAGCCCAGACUGUGUGGUCUUUUAGCUUCCAAGAAUUCUCGCUUCGAAUAAAUACCACAUUCCUUGGAAUAUAUGCUAGCAUUGCUACUAGUUUACUUAUAGCACCACUAAUAAAAAUGUGUAUCCCGUUGUA